AUGUCAAGACACGGGAAUUCACGACGAAAUGAUAACCAAUCAAGAGAUGCCCAACUUAUGGGAAUUUAUCUGGCGCUGGAGAUUGCGGCGGCUGAAGAAAGUGUCCCGCGCAACAUUCCUUGUCGAACCUCACGUCUACAAGGCAGAUAUUACAUAGAGGAAGUUCUUGGCAAUGACACAAGGUGUUACGAGAAUUUCAGGAUGAACCCUCACGUAUUUCAUAAUCUGUGCGAUACGCUAAGAGCAAAUUGUGGAAUCAGAAAUAGCAGGAAUGGUCUGACCGUCGAGGAGAUGGUCGGCAUGUUCUUAAUGGUAGUUGCACAUAGUACGCGCUUGGUCGUGGUUGCCGAACGAUUUCAGCAUUCUACGGAGACGGUGUCACGAGUCAUCAAGGUAAUAGCUCAUGGAAUUCAUUCGUUGUCACCAACGUAUAUAAGACGGAGGAACGUUGAUGUACAACCGGAAAUUCAGAGUUGCCGAAAAUGGUACCCAUUCUUUCAGAAUUGCAUUGGAGCAAUCGAUGGGACACAUGUGUCUGCUUGUGUUCCAUCAUCGGUGAGAGGCGCGUAUCGCGAUCGGAAUAAUGAGAUUACGCAAAAUGUACUCGCCGCUUGUUCGCAUGACAUGAUGUUCACUUAUGUCGUCACUGGAUGGGAGGGUUCUGCUCAUGACUCUCGAAUUCUGUCCGAUGCCGCUACAUUGGAAUUAUUUCCUGCACCAUAUGGCGAACAAUAUUAUGUAGUCGAUGCGGGAUUCCCUAAUAUUCCGGGUUAUCUGGCUCCUUAUAAAGGCCAAAGACAGAAUGUAGUGAAUGCAAUAGAGGUACUUGUUGCAAAGAAGAUCGACCGCAUAAGCAUACUGAAGAUGUCAAUUCAAAUUGUUGUGGCUCGAGCAUGGCGAAUGGAUGAAAGAGACGGCAUUGGCAUACUAAAAAUGAAGAUUCAAGUUGAUAUGGCUCGAGUAUGGCAAAUGGAAGGAAAAGAGAAUGGAUUUGUGAUUGUGGGCGACAGGUUUCCAUUCUGA